AUGAAUCUAAAUACUCAAUCUGACUCAGUGAAAUCGACUCACAAGCAAGUCUCCUCUCCGGGCAUUUUCCCUGACACCCGGAAUGUGAAAUUCCAAGGUAACUGCAAUGAAGGCCCAACCCUUGGACAGGAGUCUGGAAUUGAAAAAAAACUAGUGACUGCUUCAGUCGCCUUGGGGGUUUACUCCAAACUCAUUGCUGCCUUAGAAGAGGCUAGAGUUUCAGGAUGUCUGACUGCUCCAAUGGAAGCUGAGCUAAGAAGCUUGACAUUGAGAUGCAUAAAAACCGGAUUAGCAAUUUUGCAACAUAAAUUGUUACCAGCUGAAGAUCAUGUGAUCAUCACACCUGAUGACAAGGACAAAGAUUUGAGUGCUACAUACGGCCAUUCUUUUCUUGUCUUUGAUUCGGACAACCAAGAUCCCACGGCCGAUGAUCGUCAAUCUCCGUCUCCUUCACCUCCUGAACUCGAAUCUAUGUUGCCUUUACGUCCUGAACUCAAACAUUUACCUGAUGAUCAAAUUUCUGUUCAAAUGAAUCAAUCUAUGUCUUCUUUACGUCCUGAACUCGAACAUUUACCUGAUGAUCAUCAAAUUUCUGUUCAAAUGAAUCAAUCUAUGUCUUCUUUACGUCCUGAACUCGAACGUUUACCAGAUGAUCAAAUUUCUGUUCAAAUGAAUCAAUCUAUGUUGCCUUUACGUCCUGAACUCAAAUCUAUGUCUUCUUUACGUCCUGAACUCGAACGUUUACCUGAUGAUCAAAUUUCUGUUCAAAUGAAUCAAUCUAUGUCUUCUUUACGUCCUGAACUCGAACGUUUACCAGAUGAUCAAUGCAGCAUUCAUUCUACUUCGACCACUCAUUCUGUUUCUGUGUUGUCUAAUCUCCCUCAAGAACAGAUUGAAGAUCCCAUUACUGAAGAGUGUAAUCAACAGUCAAACAAGAAAAGAUUUACUGCUGUUUUGAUUCCGCAUGUCCGGUAUUCCAAUAUAACGUCUGAAGUUUGCCAGGCUUCCAACUCAAAUAAUUCCAACGGCGAACCUCUCAAAUCAGUUCACUUUUUCCUAGGAUCCAAGGAAAUGGAGAUGGAGCUUCACACAAUGUUAUCACCUUACAGCGGUACACAAACCAGUCAUAUAGCCAAACUAGCUGCUUGGGAUGCGUUAAGGUCUUUAUUACAACGUCAAAAGUUAGGAGAACCGUUGGAUCAAGUCUUCUUGGAUUCAAUUGAGGGUGGACCAACUAAAGUGGUGAUCAAGACUAAAUACAACAUACAACACUGGAUUAACACUGUCAAGGCAAUGAUGCCAAAUCUCUUCAACUCACACGAAGGGGAGCCAUCUUAUGCCGGAGGUUUCUUCAACACUGUCCAUCUGAGAGACGUAGCAAUGGGCAACAAACCUCCGACAUCCCUGCCACCUCUUUGGCAUCAAACUUGGCUUUCCAUGCGUCUUUCUGUUUGGCCAUCGUCAACACGGGUAACUUGUUUCCUCAAGAUUCUACUCGACUCAGUUGUUCUCACUGGAAAAAAAUUCCUCCAAGAACCUCCUCAAUCCGAAGAAGAGAAGGCUCAAACUGGUGUCGCCGCAGUUUGUCAGGCACUUGAAUGGUUAGAUUCUCAGAAAGAUACCAAUAACAAUAUGCAUCUUCUCAAUUCAAAAGAAUCUGUCUCCUCAGUUGAAUUCGGCUUAAUCCAUGAAUGGCGACAUGUCUUUAUCAAGGAAAAAGCAGCGGCCAUCAAGUUCAAGGAAAAAUCAAAGAAAAAAUCAAAGGGUGGCUCUGUCAGAGCUCCAACUCUCAGUUACCUUACAAUGUUUGCAUGCUGUGGUAUUCGGGGGCUUAUCUGCUGCUCAGACAAUGUCAACUUGACUCCAGCUGGGCAAAUGCUCAGUUUUAUGGUACUGUCAGAGUGGCUUAGUCAACAAAGGCCCAAUUUUGAAGUCAAGGAACCGGUUUUCAAACAAAGUAAUCAGAUGAUUAUGAGACUCAUUGACGGUCUGUUUGAUGCGGAGGGGCAUUUUAUUAAACCGCAAAUCAUGUGGUAUGAUAUUCCCCAAAACCUGUGUUAUGAUUAUCUCUCGUAUUGGUUUGUAGAAGCUGAGGCAUUCCAUGAAGAGGGAGACUUGGUUUUUCCAGAGUCUAAAGUUUUUAUAGAGAAGUCACAGACCGUCACAUUAUCUGAAGAUUAUUGA